AUGAACGAGCCUGCUCCAAACACAGCAGCAUCUUCCGCCCACCAAGCUCAAGAUGAAUCCAAACCAACCUCGUCGAUGCCCGAUAUCGCUCAGCUCUCACUCGAACACAACCCAGACAUCUUCACCAUCGUCUGCUGUAACGAUAGCUUCCAGCUUGCCCUCGACCACAGCACCAUCAAGGCCCUGCUCCGAGUGUGCAAACGAGCCCAGUCUCUCCUGAGCUCCAAGAAGAAGUGA